GCGGGGGGCGCUGCCCCGGUGGCCGGCGGAGGAUGAGGAGGCUCCCGAGCGCUGGGAGAGGAAGGACUCGACCAAGAGAGCACCGAGGAGAUGUCGGCUGUGAAGCCCGACAAGGGCGAAGGCGACGCCAGCAGCACGAGCAGCGCCGGCGGUGGGGAGGCCCAGGAGUCACAGCCCUCGCCGCUGGCCCUGCUGGCAGCCACCUGCAGCCGCAUCGAGUCUCCCAAUGAGAACUCCAACAGCUCCCAGGGCCAGCAGGGCGGGAGCGGCGAGCUGGACCUGAACGCGGCCGCCGCCCAGCUCACCCAGUCGGCCAACGGCUGGCAGAUCAUCUCGGCGGGCUCCAGCACCCCCACGGGCUCCAAGGAGCCGGGCAGCAACGGCAGCAACGGCGGCGACGCCUCCAAGAGCCGCCCGGUCAGCACCGGGCCCUACGUGGUCACCUCGGCGUCCGGCCUGCAGAACCAGCAGGUGCUGACGGGCCUGCCGGGCGUCAUCCCCAACAUCCAGUACCAGGUGAUCCCCCAGUUUCAGACCAUCGACGGGCAGCAGCUGCAGUUUGCCACCACCCCGGCGCAGGUGAACGUGCAGCAGGAUGCCUCGGGGCAGCUGCAGAUCAUCCCCGGCUCCAACCAGCAGAUCAUCACCAGCCGCGCGGGCGGCAGCAACCUCAUCGCCAUGCCCAACCUGCUGCAGCAGGCCGUGCCCAUCCAGGGCGUGGGGCUGGCCAACAACAGCCUCUCCGGGCAGACCCAGUACGUGGCCAACGUGCCCGUGGCCCUGAACGGCAACAUUACCCUGCUGCCGGUCAACAGCGUGGCCGCCAGCCUGGCGCCCACGUCCCAGACAGGCACCCUGAGCAGCUCGGGCUCGCCGGACAGCAGCUCCCAGCCGGCCACCUCGGGGGCUGCCAGCAGCUCGGCCAGCACGGCCACGUCCCAGGCCAGCUCGGGCGCCUUCUUCACCAACGCCAACAGCUACUCCACCACCACCACCACCAGUAACGUGGGCGUCAUGAAUUUCUCCACCAGCGCCACGGUGGGCACCAACGUGCAGGCGCAGACCCCCCAGAGGGCCAGCAGCGUCCCCAGCUCGGACUCUCUGCAGACCCCGGUGUCGGGGGUGGCCCUGCAGCCGGGCCAGCAGAAGGAGGGCGAUCAGAGUCAGCAGUCACAGCAGCAGCAGCAGCAGCAGCAGCAGAUCCUGAUCCAGCCACAGCUGGUCCAAGGAGGGCAGACAAUCCAAGCCCUCCAGACCACCCCGCUGUCCGGCCAGACCUUUGCCACUCAAGCCAUCUCCCAAGACACCUUGCAGAACCUGCAGCUCCAAGCCGUGCCCAACUCCGGGCCCAUCAUCAUCCGCACGCCCACGGUGGGUCCCAACGGGCAGGUGAGCUGGCAGACCAUCCAGCUGCAGAACCUGCAGGUGCAGAACCCGCAGGCGCAGACAAUCACGCUGGCCCCCAUGCAGGGCGUGUCGCUGGGCCAGACGGGCAGCACCAGCACCACGCUGACCCCCAUCGCCUCCCUGCCCAGCGGCACCGUCACCGUCAACGCCGCCCAGCUCUCCUCCGUGCCGGGCCUCCAGACUAUUAACCUCAGUGCCUUGGGAGCGUCCGGGAUCCAGGUGCACCAGCUGCAGGGGCUGCCCCUGACCAUCGCCAACGCCCCCGGUGAGCACGGGGCCCAGCUGGGGCUGCACGGCGGCAGCGGGGACGGGCUGGGCGACGAGAGCACGGCCGUGGAGGAGGGCGAGACCAGCCCCGACCCCCAGCCCCAGCAGGGCCGCAAAACGCGGAGGGAAGCCUGCACCUGUCCCUACUGCAAGGAGGGAGAGGGCAGGAGCUCUGGGGAUCCAGGCAAGAAGAAGCAGCACAUCUGCCACGUGCCGGGCUGUGGGAAGGUGUACGGCAAGACGUCUCACCUGCGGGCGCACCUGCGGUGGCACACGGGGGAGAGGCCCUUCAUCUGCACCUGGGUGCUGUGCGGGAAGCGCUUCACCCGCUCCGACGAGCUGCAGCGGCACAAGCGCACGCACACAGGAGAGAAGAAGUUUGCCUGCCCGGAGUGCCCCAAGCGCUUCAUGCGCAGCGACCACCUCUCCAAGCACAUCAAGACCCACCAGAACAAGAAGGGAGGCGCCGCCAGCGUGGCCAUGAACGUCUCGGCCGUCCCCAUGGACACGGCGGCCUCGGCCGAGGGCAACGGCGGCGCCACGCCCUCGGCGCUGAUCGCCACCAACAUGGUGGCCAUGGAGGCCAUCUGCCCCGAGGGCAUCGCCCGCCUGGCCAGCAGCGGCAUCAACGUCAUGCAGGUGGCCGACCUGCAGUCCAUCAACAUCAGCGGCAACGGCUUCUGAGGCUUCUGAGCGGCACCUCCAGCACUGCCCGGCCGCCUCCUCCACCUGAAGGCCAGAGCUAUAUAUAUAUUUUUUUUUAAUUUUGGCUUGAUUUCCCCCCCCCUUUUUUUGUCCCUUUUUCCUCCCCUCCUCCUGCCUCUCCCCCCAACCCGAGGUCCCUUGGCGUCAUCAUGCCUUGGUCCUUUUAGCAAAAAAAAAAAAACAAAAAAAAGCAAACAAAAAAAGAACCCAACGACAGAAA